CUAUUCCACCACACCACUUUUCUUUCAAUUUCUGUCUCUCCUUGUAGUCAGAAAACACCAAGACAACUCUCUCUUUCUCUCUCCUCUCUUUCUCUCUCUAGGUACCAUCUUCAACCCCAAAACCUCCCUCUCCAUCUCACCAAUGGAAACCACCAAACAACCCAAGAAGAAAAAAUGGUUUGCACCACUCAUCUUCUCUCUGCUACUCACCACCUUCCUCAUCCUCCUCUCCAUCUUCAUCUCCUCCGAUUCCUCAUCCUUACUCUACCUUUCCCGUUCAAGAACUAACCAAAAUUCACCUCAUUUUGUCGAAUCAAAGCUAGGAGUAUCUUCAACAUCACCCAUUAACUCAGUUCCAAGGAUCGCUUACUUGAUCUCUGGUUCAGUUGGUGACGGAGAGAGUCUAAAGAGAACCCUUAAAGCCCUUUACCAUCCAAGAAAUCAAUACGCUGUUCAUUUGGAUUUAGAAGCUUCUCUUCAGGAAAGAUUGGACCUUGCUAACUUUGUAAGGAAUGAACCUCUUUUUGCUGAAUUGGGUAAUGUUAAGAUGAUUGUUAAGGCGAAUUUGGUUACGUAUAGAGGUCCUACUAUGGUUACGAAUACUCUUCAUGCUGCUGCACUUUUGUUCAAAGAAGCUGGUCAUUGGGAUUGGUUUAUUAAUCUUAGCGCUUCUGAUUAUCCCUUGCUCACACAAGAUGAUCUACUACAUACAUUGUCGUCUAUUCCAAGACACCUUAACUUCAUUGAGCAUACUAGUGAUAUUGGAUGGAAGGAAGAUCAGAGAGCAAAGCCUGUUAUAAUUGAUCCGGCUCUUUAUAGCGUCAAUAAAUCUGAUGUGUUUUGGGUGACGGAGAAAAGAAGUGUUCCCACAGCAUAUAAGCUGUUUACAGGUUCUGCGUGGAUGAUGCUCUCUCGCCAAUUCGUUGAAUAUAUGUUAUGGGGAUGGGAUAACUUACCUAGAAUAGUCUUGAUGUAUUAUGCCAACUUUCUAUCUUCUCCUGAAGGAUAUUUCCACACUGUUAUCUGCAAUGCUGAGGAAUUUCGUAACACUACGGUGAACCAUGAUCUCCACUUCAUAUCAUGGGACAACCCUCCCAAACAACACCCACAUUUCCUUACAGCUGAUCACUACCAGAGUAUGAUAGACAGCAAUGCUCCUUUUGGUCGAAAAUUUGGCCGGAACGAGCCUCUCUUAGAUAAAAUUGAUACCGAACUCUUGGGGCGAAAUGACCAAGGUUAUGUGCCUGGCACGUGGUUCAGUCGAGCAAAUCCAAACAUCACCAAACCAUAUUCUUUUAUAAGAAAUAUCACUGAACUUAGACCUGGCCCUGGUGCAAAAAGGCUUAAACGCCUUAUCAAUGGUUUAUUAUCAGCAGAAGAUUUUCAGAAAAAUCAGUGUUCUUGAUAUCGUUGCUGUUUAUUCCAUCACUUAAGAAAGGCUUAAAUGCCUGAUCAAUGCUAUGUCUACUUGACACAAGGUUCCUCUGAGGCCAGUCGAGAAUGAUGAGAAAACAGAACAGAAAACACAGAUGAUAGCUUCUUCAGAAACACAGCUAUGUCAUCGACUUAUAUCUUUAUUUACACUAAUUUUUACACGACCGAGAAUUUGUUGUCCAUGUGUAUUAUUAAUUUGUUCACAUAAUUGAUUAAAUUUUAUUGGAUUACAAUGACAAACCACCAAUGCAAUUGUUGUACUGUGUAGAAUGUGUUUGUAACAAAUAAAUUAGAAUGAGAGACUUCAGUUAUAA